AGCUCCUUGCAAAAGAGGCCCGCAAACGCACCCGACCUACGCCGUCGCAGCCAACCCAAACCUAGACCUGCCCAGACCAAGGCGCAGAAACAGACCAGCAGCGGACAAAUGCAAACACGAACACUGAUGCAGAUUCCAGCGAGCUUUACUCCUCCCCCAUCUCCUACUCCAUCCUCCUCAUCCUCCUCCUCCUCGCCAAUUCUCUCUGGGUCAUUAGACCGUCCCCCAUCACUUUCCCUUCUCGCCUCUCAUAUCGAAUCAUCCUCCUCCACUUCCACCCACUCUCCCCUCUGCUCACUCUCCCACCCCGCCGACGUGAGACAUCCGGUGGCUUGGCCGUGCCUUGCAGCGACCUGCAUGACCAAGGCAAGGCCUCCAAUCAUGUCGACACCGUCGGUAUCUGAUGGCCAGCUUACGCCUUCCGAAACCGACACUGAUAUUCUUCUCACCCACGGCCCCUACUACGAGGAUGACCUAUGGCCAACUUCUCAGGAUGUCGCCGAGAUGGCCAUUAUGCUCAACGGGAGUGCGGCACCGCUCUCCUGGGAUCGACAUUCCCUGAAGAGACUCCCGAGAGGUGCUCGGCCCGUCAAGCUGAUCGGCGAGGGUGCUGCAAAUGCCGUCUUCGAACUGGCCCUACCAGAAGGUUACCCUCCAUCGUCUGAAUUCAAGGGCUGGCUUCUCCGCGUUGCUAAAACCCCUACCAACGGCGCCCCUCCGAGAUACAACUACUUGAAACAACAAGAAUUCUAUGCCGACAAGGUGAAGUCGCAUCUCAAGGACCACGUCAUUCAACAGGAACUCGUUGUUGUCCGUGACUCCGACAUUGUCUAUGAGCUGAACGCCUUUCUCCGGCGGAUGGACCACCAACGCAAGGAAAAGUUUCGGGGCUCCUUUAUCGCGCAGACUAAUUGGGGGUUCCUAGUGGAGGAUAUGCGGCCGACGGAUCCCACAAAGAGCAUUCUCAUCGAGUUCAAGCCCAAAUGGCUCAACCAGUCUCCCACGGCGCCAUCUGGAGCCAUCCGGUGCAGGCAAUGCGCCAUGGAGCUCUACAACUUCGUCAAGGACCCAAGCCUCACCAGAUCGGUUCCAGAAACAAAACCGUGCCCCUUGGUCCUUGACAACCCCGACGCCCCGCUCGAUAUCAGCUCCCCAUUUCGACUCGCUCCCCAACUAGCCAAGUUGAACAGCUCGACGAUCCUCUCAAGUCUCUAUAGCGCGGCCAACCACCAGGUCAUACAGGACCUGCGGGAAGUCCAAAAGCUCGCAGAUCCGCAUGGUCCCCUCAAUGCUUCGAAGGAUGACCCCAUGUUCAACUUUGCCAUGACCGUUCGCGACUGUACCUGUUUCGUCCAGAUCUUCCCCGACAAAGCUCACCCCGGCCCCGAAGGACCCAUCCGGCUCCGUCUUGGCGAUUUUGACUUCAAGGAUACGUCUGUCAAGUUCGAACGGUGGCAGGCCGCCGAGCGAAACCUCAUUUCAUCUGGAUGCUAUACCGCCGACUGGAUCCUCUGCGAUGGAAAGUACUACCACCCGCCAACCAUGUGCUUACUCGAAUGGACUCGGCGCCAAGGCCAACCGUUGCACAUCAUCAAUAUCCAGGACAAGACUCGCCGCGAGCCCGGCUUGUCCAGCACCUGGCGCGACUUUCUCGACCCCUUAGAAUCCAAGGGAACCAUCCGCAACCUUCGCUCCCGCCCUGCGUUGCUGAAGGUGAUGCUCCAGCGAUUCAGCAAGGACAGUCCCAAAGCGAAGGUUUGUCCGUAUAGGACCAAGCCCAUGGCUUUACCAAUCCAGUGGUAAAAACGCCUCAAACUGCUAGCAAUUUCAUGGUUUCUUCUCUGUUGGUGUACAAGGAUGGGCGGGGCAUUCAAGCAUAACUACGGCGGGUUGAUUUAUUUACAUUUGGUGCAUUACAGGCGGCAGGCGGCAGGCGGCAGGCAGCAUUGGUAUGCAUAGCGUGGGUUGAAUUUGGGUUGGCUACAUAUCACGGCGGUUACAUUAUCACGGCGGUUACAUUAUCAUG